CGUCAUCAUACGGGAACGAAUAUCCAGUGAGCCUAGGGGAUCAGGGAUUAGUGCGCAACGGAUGAUCGUCUGUUCCAGUGGCACCGUGAAGGUACAGAGAAACAUUCCUCUCAUACGUGCCAACACACACGUAGCCGAAUACCUCCAUUGUGAUAAUCAGCAUUCGAACGAAGGCAACGCAAAGCGCAACAAUCCUCUUUGUGCUACUUGAAUGCGUACACACAUUUGCCUAUUUACCCGUGUGGGCUACGCACACCAGCAAGGCCGUUCGCGGUAGACGGCAGAGGGGCGGUUCGGAGCAGUGGCGGACGGGGGCCGAAGAGAAGUGAAAGAAAGUGACCGUCUUCGUCGCUGGAUCUUCACCCAACGGGCAGCGAGCGGGUAUAUCAAUUUGCGUGCUUCUUUCUGCGGCUUCCGCGUCCUCGCUGUGUGUGGCGAAAAUCCGAAAGCUCCGCAACAUCACCCACCCACACAUCACCAAUCAGCUGUUCCACGAUCAGCAUACAAACCCGGACUUUAUUUUUGCAACGCGCCUAAGUCGGAGGAGGAGAAGGUCUUGGCACGGUGGAGGUGGUGAUCAGGCAUUAAUUUCGUGAGCAUUCGCAGUCCAAAAAUGUGGAGUCCAACGCACAUUCAAGUGACAGUGCAACGCGCCAAAGGGCUGCUCAUCAAGGGCAAGGGCGGCACAAACAACUGCUUCGUCAUCAUCGCGCUCGGCAAGGAGAAGUACCAAACGUCCAUCAAACAGAAGGCCCCCGACUCGGUGAUGUGGAAUGAAGAAUGUGAGCUGCAAAUCCCAACCCAGGGCAACCAGGCCCAGCUGGUGCUGACCGCGCUUCAUCACAACAGCGUGGGGAUGGAUGAAUUUUUGGGCCGGGUCGUGCUGCCGCUGAACGAGAUGGAGGUGUACGAGCGGCCACGCGCCCGCUGGUACAAGCUAGAGAGUAAGGAUCGCGAAAAGAAGAAGGAAAAGGACCGGGGCGAGCUGGAGGUGCGCAUCUCGUUCACGGUGAAGGCCGGUUCGCUGACCGAUCUGAGCAAGAAGGAGAAAAGCAAAAGCUCGAUCAGCAAUCUCGCAUCCAGCGUGGGCGGUUCGCUGCUCAGCAUCGGUGCGAUCGAGAAGCGCAAAGGGUUGAAGAAGAUCGCCAAAUCGAUCGGCUCGAAGAUGCACAUUUCCGGCAUGGGAAAAAAGGAGAACAAGAAGGAGCGGGACGGUGCGGACGAUACGUCGAUGUACAGCGGGAGCUACUCGAGCCUGGCCGGCGGUACCGGUGGUGGUAGCGCCACACCGUCCACCGCCUCGUUGCACCCGUCGUCCGGCGGGCGGCAGUCGAAGCAAACGUUUGGCGAUGCGGAUCCGGGCGUAAUCAGCGAAGACGAGGACGAGUUCGUGCUGGACAAUUUGUCGCACAAGAGCUCGAACGGGUCGCUUAACUUGCGCUCGGCCGCGAACGUUCCCAAGCCGGCACCGGCGACUGCCUCCACACCGUUGGAGUGGACCGGGCGCGAUACCGAGCCGCGGGGCGACACACCGGUGGCGACCGGCGAAAAGGUGGACGAAUGGGAACAGAAGCUGUACGGCAAGCAUCUCGAUAUUGGCAAUACCGAUUCGCUCAAGCGACGCAGCUGGGAAAGCUCACGGGUAAUGCUGUCCGCCCGGUUGGAAGAGUCGGAACAGGAACCGGAAGCGGGCGGCGGCGAUCAAGUUGGUGCGGGCGAGCAGCAGCGCGGACGCUCCGUGACGGCACCGACAUCGCCCGAGCUUGACGGCAAAACGAACCACCGGGAGCAACAACAUUCCACCAGCACCAAAGCACCCGCCGGUGCGGCGACACCGAAACCACUGCCACGUACUGGCUCGCAGGAUGUCGCCAUUAUCGGCCGCCAGUCACCGGGUCCGGUAGCGGAAAUCAAACCGGAAAAGGAAAGCUUCACCAAGAAGCUGAAACACUUCGUCAAGGAGCACCGGGGCAGUGGCCAUCGGGCGGAUUCGCUAGAAAACCUUUCCACGGGCGUUGGAGUCGGUGCACUGGCCGCACACAAGAAGCACGGUUCGAAGCUGCUCGGCACGUUGGCCGACCAGCGCAUCAUCAUUGGCGGCGAGAAUGGGGAGCAGAUAGCGGCGGCGGCGGCAGCAGCGGCCGCCUCUCAGCGCCAGUCCAAGCUUACCCAGGUGUCGCCGGAAACGUUGGCCAAAUAUGAGGGCAAAUCGCGCGAGGAUGUGAUCAAGAUAGCGCACACGCUCGAGAACGAGGUGCACUAUCAGAAGCAGAAGGUGAAGGAGCUGGAAGACUACCUCGACAGCCUGCUGCUGAAGGUGAUGGAAUGUCAUCCGAAGAUAUUGCAAAACCCGUACCAGAAGGCAGCACCGACGAAAAGUGGAUGAUUUACGUGUUCCCGUCCGGUUGAAGUAAUUUUUAUACACUUUUAUUGUUCGACAACUUUGAUCAAAAUUACGCAAACAUCGUGAUACAUAAGUGAAGCGUAGAAGGGAAAGUAGAUAAGGAGGGGGAUAGACAGAUAGAUGAAUCGAUCGAGGAACACAAUUACUCAUUAAAAGUAAACAACACACACCCAUGUAAACAUACAUCUCGAUUACGCGUACUGAAAUGAAACAAUCAUUUUGUUGCAAAAGGGAGAUGCGCGAAAUGGCGCAAACAGAUAGCGGGCAGUGAACAAUUUAUUAGAAUAAGGCCAAAAUUUACAACAACAAGCCCAACAGCAAAAACAAGGCAGCCAGCAGUUUACUUCCUUCGAAUAUUGCUCGUGUGGAAAAGCGAAAGGUAAAACACACCACCAACCAACGGAGUAAAAGAAUGAACCAAGUGAACGGGACGGCGUGUGGUAGAAGGGGAUCGAAGUAGACGAAAUGAGAUUAUAUAUCUGUUGUUUUUUUUUUGUGUCUUGCUAUCGCCGGGACGAUGCAUUCCAUUUUUUAUACACCAAGUUUAUGUGCAUUUUUUUUUCUUUUGCGUACGAACAAUGCGUCCCAUCAUUUUCGUCCACUUCAAACCCGAUCCCCCCCCCCCCCCACGCCAUCUUUCCCCGCCCGCUCAAGGAUGUAACCGACGAAGGUGUGUAAGUCGUUGGUGCCGACCUGUAACGUACGUGUCUUCUACAUCAUAAUCACGGUUAAUGAUCUAUUAUAUUAUCUAUUGUUAUUAAUAAUAUUAUAUUUUUUACUAUUAAAUACGCCAGCGUGUAAUAACAGCGAAUGUGUGUGUGUGUGUGUAUCGUGUGCUUCCCAAAAAGGUGUGGUGAUGCGAAAGA